AUGUCUGAGUCAUCACUGCACUUAACGAAGUUUGAGCAUCGCGCCGUCAUCAAAUUCCUCGUUAAAAAGGGGAAAACAGCAAAAGAAAUUUUUGAAGAAACUUCUAGUGUUUACGGAGAAUCUGGACCGUCGUCAGCUACGGUUAAACGAUGGACACGCCUAUUCCAACAAGGCAAAGAGACUCUGGAAGAUCCCCGCUCGGGUCGGCCAAACACCGCAGUCACCGAUGAAAACAUCGAAAAAGUAAAAAAAAUUGUACUGGACGAUCGCCGAAUAACAUGGUGGCAGAUAGCAGAAGAGCUUGGCUUUAAUAAGGAACGAGUUGGAGAUAUUAUGCACAAUCAUUUGCAUAUGAAUAAAGUCAGUGCGCGUUGGGUGCCAAAAAUGCUCACGCCACUUGACAAGCAGCGGCGCGUUGAAACUUCUGAAGAGUUUUUAGACUUGUGA